AUGGCAGCAGCAGUGGCCUCAUUAGAAGACCCCUUGGACCGGAGAGCCAGCGCCCAAAUCAUGGGCCCUGAGACAGAGCUGGACGCCAGUUCAGGUGGGAAGCCAGCCCACCAGCAGAAGGCCGUGCCCGCAGCUCACCUAACUUUCGUCAUCGACUGUGCUAGUGGAAAGCAGCUCUCCCUGGCAGCACUCCUUGUGCCACCCCAAGGCCCCAGUCCUUACCUAGGACCUGUCACCCCUCCAAUGAAGACCUAUAUCUUGUUCUGUGGGGACAGCCAGCCCCAUCUGACUCAGGAGGCCAUCCUGGGUGGGGGGCACAUAGCCCAGGCCAGGGGCACCCUGCCACCCUGCAGAGGGACUGUGGCCCCAGCUUCCUCCCCACUCAGCCCGCUAUGCCCCCAGGGGGCCCCUGAGGCCAAGGGGAGCCCCUUAAAGACAAUGCUUACAAGGUAUUUGGCUUGGGAAACAGUCAUGGGCUUGCUCAAAGCCUUCUCCUCCUGUGUCUGUGGGCAGGCAGAUUAA